AUGGCCGACAAGGAGCAGCACCCCGGGGGCUACGGGGCGAUCCCGAGCCACGUGCGCCUGGGCAUCGGCGCCAGCACGCCGCCGCUGAGCCCGCUCAUGCUGCACGUGGACAAGAACACGAACGCGCUCAAGGGCUGGGAGUUCCCCGGCUGGGGCGACAACCUCACCGCGGUGGCGAGCGAGAGCGAGCUCAACGAGAUCCGCGCGCACCAGUCCAUGGACCACCCCAAGCUGUCGGAGUGGCUGGCCACCGCCAUCUGCGGCAACGACAUCCUGUCCAGCUGCCUGUACGUGUCGGGCCUCGUGGCCUCCAAGGCCGGCAAGCUGGCGCCCGUGGCUCUUGCCAUCGUGGCCGGCAUCUUGUACCUGUACCGGUUCAUCUACGGCGAGGUGCUGAACGCCGUGCCGCUCAACGGAGGCUCGUACAACGUCCUGCUCAACACCACGUCCAAGCGCGUGGCUGCCAUGGCGGCGUCGCUCGCGAUCUUGUCGUACAUUGCGACGGGUGUUGUCUCCGGCACUUCGGCGUGCAAUUACUUGGCGUCGCACGUGCCGUCGCUGGAGAUUGUGCCGGCUACGGUCGGACUGCUCUUCAUCUUCGCGAUGCUGAGUCUCAUCGGCAUCACGGAGAGCGCUGUCGUGGCGCUGGUGAUCUUUAUCACCCACGCUACUACGCUCACAGUGCUUUGCGUGCUGUCUGCCGUUUACGUCUGGAACGACGGCUUCCAGACCCUCCACGCGAACUUCAGCACGGACUUCCCAGACAUCAACUUGGCAGGAGACAUCAUGUCGGGCAACUUCCUGACGGCCAUCUUCUUUGGCACGUCGACUGCCAUGCUUGGAAUCUCCGGGUUCGAGACGUCGUCGCAGUUUGUGGAGGAGCAGGCUGAUGGUGUUUUCCCCAAAACGCUGCGGAAUAUGUGGUGGGGCGUUGCCAUCUUCAACCCGAUGAUCUCUUUGCUGUCGCUCGGUGUGCUGCCUCUUGAUGGGCCCGGAGGAAUUGUGGACAAGAAGAACACGGUGUUGGCGGAAAUGGGACUGAAGGUCGCUGGCGAGAACAUGCAGCUGAUCGUGGCUCUGGACGCGUUCAUCGUGCUCUCCGGCGCCGUUCUGACCGCGUAUGUGGGUGUUGUUGGUCUCGUGCGUCGGCUUGCGAGCGACCGUGUGGUGCCGGAGUUCCUGCUUCACGUGAACAAGGCGCGCGGAACGAACCACUUCAUCAUUAUCGGCUACUUCCUGGUGGCAACCAGUCUGGUGCUGAUCCUGCACGGCGACACGGAGACACUGUCGGGCGUGUACACGUACGCCUUCCUGGGCCUCAUGACGCUGUUCGGAAUGGGUUGCAUGCUGCUCAAGUUCAAGCGCGCAGAGAUCCCGCGCUCAGUGAUCGCGCCCUGGUGGAGCUGCGUCUUGGGUGUGACGAUGGUGGUGACGACAUUCAUGGGAAACCUGCUCGGUGACCCAACGAUUCUCACGUACUUCUCGCUCUACUUCAUCGCGGUGCUGUCGCUGGUGUACAUCAUGUUCGAGCGGACGUUCCUGCUGCGGAUGUGCUUGUACUGCAUGCGGCAGCUCUGUCCGUCUCAACGCAGCAUCGACGAGGAUGAAACCCACUCGCUCCGCACGGGUGCCCGCGGCGGCCAGACUAUCGCACGCUUCAUCCGCGAGAUCAACGAGCCGGCCGUGUUCUUCUUCUGCAAGACGCCGAACCUGAACAUCAUCAACAAGGCCAUCCUGUACGUGCGCACCAACGAGCAGACGCACACGCUGUACAUCGUGCACUGCCACCCGCACGGCACGCCUGUGCCCGAAGGCUUUAAGGAGACGGUGUCCAUGUUCGACCACGUGUACCUCAAGAUCAAGCUCAACUUCCUCAGCGUCGAGGGUCCCUUCGGGCCCGCUAUGGUCGAGUGGGUCUCGCGCAAGUACAGCCAGCCCAAGAACCUCAUGUUUAUCAAGCAGCCCAACCAUGACUUCGCCCACACCAUCGCGUCACUCGGCGGCGUGCGGGUGAUCACCGGGUAA